AAGGGUGAUAUGGAGAUCAUAUGUGUCACUCAUGGCCAUUCAGGAUGUGUAACUGGAACAGCGUAGAGCACUAGGCUGUUGAAUGAGCUGAGAGACGUGUGUGUGUGUUGGUGUUGUGUGUGGGUUUGUCCCUAACCAGCCCUACUCUGCAGGAUUUCCUGAGCAAACGCGGAACUGAAACCAUCACUUAUAUUCUAACAAUUUAAGAUCAGAGUUACUUCCUGAAACAGAACACAUGGUGUGGGACCCUACUGGAACUCUGCACUUCUGUUCAGACGAGCGACCCACAGUCGUACAGCUAGCACCCACAGCCGUAAAGCUAGCACAGCUAGCACCCACAGCCGCACAGCUAGCACCCACAGCAGCACAGCUAACACCCACAGCCGUACAGAUAGCACAGCUAGCAACCACAGCCGUACAGCUAGCAGAUCCCUCCCAGGAUGAACGCAACUCCCAUUGCCACGGCGCUGAGCAAUGACACUCUGGAGAUGCUGCUCAGCUCGCUGAUGACACGUGCUGUGCCGUCCAUCUACCUGCUGGUCUUCAUCUGCAGUACCCCCUUCAACCUGGUGUCCCUGGUGGCGCUGGCAAGCAUCCCCUGCAGGCACCACAGUCCCACCAGCCUGUUUGCUGUGAACCUGGUGCUGGCAGACCUGAUGUACAGUGCUUCGCUGCCUCUGCAGAUUUUUUACAAUUUCCAGGGCAACAACUGGCCGUGGGGCUCCUUCCUGUGUGGCGCCUCCACCCUCCUGCUCCACUGCAACAUGCAUGUGUCUGUCCUCAUCACCUGCGCCAUCGCCCUGGAGCGCUACUGUGGGGUGGUGUGGCCGCUCCGCACCCAGCACUGGCGCACCUCACCCCGUGCAGCCGCCACAUGCCUGCUCAUCUGGGUGCUGGUUCUGGUCAGCCAGACCCCCUUGCUGCAGCACGACCUAACCCUGAGGGUCGCACAGCUCAACAUCACCACCUGCUUCGACGUGGUUCCUCGCAGUCUGUUCCCCAGCAUUCCCCUAGCCUACCUCUACUUCAUAGCUAUCAUGGUUCUGUUCUACUUUAUUCCGCUCAUCAUCCUGAUUGGCUGUUAUGUUGCCGUGGUGAGGACCCUGCACAAGUCGAGGGCGCUGGAUAAAGGAGAACGGGAGACGGCGUCCCUGCAGCGGGCGCAGGCCGUGGUGGCCGUGACGGGUGCAUGCUUCGUGACCUGCUACCUGCCGAGUAUCAUCCUCCAGACGGUCCACGUUGUCCUCAGCUCCCAGAGCCGUAGUCUUUACGCCGGCUACAAGCUGGCUCUGGCCUUCAACAGCUUCCACUGCUGCUUUGACCCAGUCCUCUACUACUGCUCCUCCUGGCAGUUCCGCCAGAACCUGAGGAGCUUGCUGAGGAGAAGUCUGCAGGAGGGGGAGGAGUCUGCCAUGAAAAAAUAAGUAAUGUAUUACCUUUUCACAACAGGAUUAGUUAUCAUUGAUACUUUCCAAAAUUGAGAUCAGGAAGAGACUUCAUAUUGUACCACGCUGAUCUGAGGGAGUUAUAACUUCAGAGUCACUGUGGAUUCACGUCUUCUGGAAGUUUAGUAUCGCAGAAUUCUCCAGUAAUCCUCAUGUAUCAAUAGGCUACCCAAUAUCACAAGCCUUCAUUCCUGGAGCCCUGAGGAAAAUUAUUUCCCAAGGUGUAGAAGGCAGCAAAGGUGAUCUCUAGGUGAGGAACAGCUGUGUGAACUACUAACAUCUCCAAGAUACUUAUCCUGGACAAAAGUAUUUAAAUCCAGCACAGCCAAAGCACACUUUACUUAGAUAUGAUCUGUAGUUGUUGGUCUGGCUGGGUGGUAUGUCUCUAACAGCAGCAUGUUGCUAUAGUAACCUGUCUCCUCUGGUGUGACCCUGUUAUCACAUGUUGCUAUAGUAACCUGUCUCCUCUGGUGUGACCCUGUUAUCACGUUGCUAUAGUAACCUGUCUCCUCUGGUGUGACCCUGUUAUCACAUGUUGCUAUGGUAACCUGUCUCCUCUGGUGUGACCCUGUUAUCACGUUGCUAUAGUAACCUGUCUCCUCUGGUGUGACCCUGUUAUCACAUGUUGCUAUAGUAACCCGUCUCCUCUGGUGUGACCCUGUUAACACAUGUUGCAGCAGUUCAACAGCUGAACAGGAUUGAAACCUUUGAUCCCAAUGGACAGGACUGUUUGUUACUGUGCACCAAGAACCUGUAAUGCCUUUUACAAUAUUAAAUGAUUUUGAGAUGAGUUUGUAGUACUAUUGGAACUGAAUGGUUGUAUGUGUGAUGAAAGUCAAUGGGUUUCAUUUAUUUAGUCUG